AUGUCAUUCGACCAACCCCUCCCCCCCUUCAACGCCUCGGACCCGAACGCCAGCUUCCUCAGCACUUCAUGUCUGGACUUCCUGAUGAUCGAGCUCGUGCCCAUGACCUACCGCGUCGCCAACGAGCUUGACGCCGCCGCCUCCGCGACCUCGCCUGUGACAGGUGAUGAGGGGGGUAGGAGUAGUAGUGGUAAUGGAAAUGGGAAUGGGGUAGACACGGCCGCGGGCUCGCAUCGCUUAGACGAGGACGAGGAGCGCGAUGCGGUGUUCUUCCGGUUGGACGGGUUGGGGUAUCGGGUUGGGCUGGGGCUUGUUGAGCGAUUCUCCCGCGACCGCCCCCGUUUCAACGACACCCUCGACGCCAUCAAGUUCGUGUGCAAGGACCUCUGGAUGCUAGUCUUCAAGAAACAAGUCGACAACCUCAAGACGAACCACCGCGGCGUCUACGUGCUAACCGAUAACGCUUUCCGGCCUUUAUCCCGCAUGAGCGUCGAUCCUGGUGGGCAGGCCGUUGUUCGGGCGCAGCCUUUCCUCUGGUUCCCCUGCGGCGUAGUUCGCGGCGCCCUCGCAGCCAUGGGCAUCGCCGCCACCGUGCAAGCCGAGUCGAGCGAGCUGCCCGGCGCCGUGUUCCAGAUCAAGACUAUACCCGCGAAGCAAUGA